CUCUGCCCUCCCCUGCACCUUCUCAUCAAACUGUAAAUGCAGCUUAGAUUUAAUAACCAUCCACUGGCGUGCUAAAUUCCCUCUAUCCUUACAACACCAACCGGAAGAAGAUGUAUAAACAAGAGGGUAAGAGGGAAAGUGUGUGUGUAACUGGAGCCGCAGGAUUCAUUGGGUCUUGCUUCGUCAAAAAUCUUUUGAAACGGGGUUAUAUAGUUCAUGCUACCUUGAGAGAUCCUGAAAACCCAGCUAAAAAUAGUCAUCUGCUAUCGCUUCCGGGAGCCAAAGAAAGGCUCCAACUGUUCAAAGCAGAUCUUUUACAACAUGGCAGCUUUGAUUCUGCUAUUAAAGGCUGCGAUUUCGUCAUCAACUUGGCCACUUCUCUGGAUUUCCAUGGCGAUGCUGUCAACAAUACUGUCGACGGAACGAUGGACAUUCUAAGAAGUUGCAAGAAACCAAAACCCGUGAAGCGGGUAAUCCAUACAUCUUCCUUGGCUGCGGCUUACCCUCUAACUGAAGACGGUCAAUUUAAGGAGGUCCUUGAUGAAGCCUGCUGGACCCCUCUUGAUUAUAUCAAACGCAAAGACGGCCUUUCUGGAAUGUAUACAUUAUCGAAGACUUUAGCAGAGCAAGCAGCUCCGCAAUUCGGAGCAGAGGAAGAGAUUGAAGUGGUAACAGUGUUGGUAGCGAUAGUGGGAGGUCCUUCUCUAACCCCCAUAGCGUUUCAGCAAUGGAACAGACUGCUUUAUGAAAUCAUGGUACUUUCGAGUAAAUCACUGUUAGGAUCGGCGCCAUUAGUCCACGUGGAAGAUGUAUGCAGUGCACAUAUCUAUUUGAUGGAGCACCCAUCUGCAGUUGGUCGAUAUGUGUGCUGUUCUGAUCCCGUGACUGUUGCUGACAUUCUCAACUUCUUUCGCAAACGAUAUCCAGAAAUCCCCUUGGCUUUUGGGACCGAAGAUGUAGAAGACGAGUCAAACAAAGUAUUUGUACCAAUUUCUUCCAAGAAACUGAUUGAUCUGGGAUUCUCGUACAAGUAUGAUAUGGAGGAAAUGCUUAGUGACACCGUCGCCUUUGCAAAGCAAAUGAAAGUUUUGUGAGGGAUGUCAAUUACUCACAGAGGAGUGGUUACUCACCCUGCUCUUCAUAAUGGAAAUGUGUCCCUCUUUAGGUGGGAUGUACAGAACUGGUAUAUUUACUUGUAGAAUAAUUUAAUUUAGUAAAUAACUGUCAAG